GGUGUGAGAACCGGGACGGCCCCGUGCGCUAACCUGAGGUAGCACCAGCCAUUCUGCUGCUCGUCCCCUUGCACUUCUCCAUUUCCUCUUAGGGCUUGAAUGGGGCCUUCUGCUGCGGGCACUAAGUGUGACCUUCGAACCCUGGUCAGAAUAAUGUCACGCGUGCGUGUUCGGGUCGUGUGGCUAUUUGAUCGUCAGCUCCUUUGCUUAGAGUAGCCCCGUUUCGCCGUUCGGAGACCACAAAGUCACGGAGACUGGAGCUUCUCCCCCAAAUCUGCUUACUUCUGUAGAAGCGUUAAAGUCUGUUUUUCUUUGGGAAGACCAGACCCCGACAUAGGAUCAGGGAAGAUUUAAAGGGCAGUGCAGAGCCACCAAGGGAUUGGCUUGCUUGUCUCAUAUUCCCUUUAUCUAGUCUCAUCUUUUCAGUUCUCCCAAAAGCCAUGUCCAGGCCCUCCCUCAUCACCUUCACCCCAGCCACCAACCCCAGCGACCUCUGGAAAGAUGGGCAGCAGCAGUCACAGCCUGAAGAGCUGGAGCCCACCUUGGAUGGGGCUGCAGCCCGGGCUUUCUAUGAGACCCUGAUUUCAGAUGAGAGCAGUGUCUCUGAAUCCCAGAGAUCUCAGCCUGAACCUGCCAGUAAGAGAAAGAGGAAGAAGAGAAGAAUGAUGAGGGAAGCUGCUUCAGGAGCCUCGGGAGGACAUGGACAAAGGAGAUCCCUUGAGGCAGAGGACAAGAUGACCCAGUGGAUACUGAGGGCGGCUCAGGAGGGUGACCUGGCAGAACUAAGAAGGCUGUUGGAUCCCCGUGAGGCAGGGGGAGCCGGGGGCAAUAUCAACACUCGGGAUGCCUUCUGGUGGACCCCCCUGAUGUGUGCUGCUCGAGCAGGCCAGGGGGCUGCUGUGCGUUAUCUCCUGGGCCGUGGAGCUGCCUGGGUGGGCGUCUGUGAGCUGGGUGGCAAGGAUGCUGCUCAGCUGGCUGAAGAAGCAGGUUUCUCUGAGGUGGCGCGCAUGGUCAGAGAGAGCCAUGGAGAGAUGAGGAGUCCAGAGAACCGGUCCCAAUCCCCGUCCCUCCGGUACUGUGAGACCUGCAAUGCCCACUUUCAAGACUCUAACCAUUACACAUCCACUGCUCAUCUGCUGUCACUGCCCCGUGAUCUCAGGUCCCCCAACCUGCCCCUUGGGGUUCCCACCUCCAGCCCAGGCUUCAAGUUGCUGCUGAGGGGAGGCUGGGAGCCUGGAAUGGGGCUGGGACCUCGGGGUGAAGGCCGCACCAACCCCAUCCCCACUGUCCUCAAGAGGGACCAGGAAGGAUUAGGCUACAGAUCAGUGCCCCAACCCCGAGUCACACACUUCCUGGCUCAAGAUACUCGGGCCGUGGCUGGGAGGGAGAGAGCCCCUCGGGUGACCACACUGAGCCGGAGGGAGGAGAGAAGGCAGGAGGAGAAGCACAGGGCCUGGGAGCGGGAUCUGAGGACAUACAUGAACCUUGAGUUCUGACCUUGGUAAGGUCUGAUCCUGGUCUAUUGCUGAAGUCUGAACUUGGACCUAGGCCCUUUGGCUUUUACUUCCUGGGGUCUGUCCAGGUCCCAGACCCUCAGAUUUUAGUCAGUGGGCUCUGUCUUUGGGAGAGAGGAGCUGAGAGCUGAA